AUGCCAUUCGGUAUUUCAAAUGCACCAGCAAUUUUUCAAAGAAUUAUUGAUCAAGUAAUUGGUGGUAUUCCAAAUUCAAUUGCUUAUCUUGAUGAUAUACUAAUAACUGGUGCAAAUGAAGAAGAACAUUUGCAAACACUUGAUAUGGUUCUAUCAAAACUUUUAGAAUUUGGAUUUAGGUGUAAUCCAGAAAAAUGCUUAUUCUUUCAAGAUGAAGUUUCAUAUCUUGGAUUUAUUAUUGAUCGACAUGGAAAACGUCCGGAUCCAGGACGUGUCGAAGCUAUAAUUAAAAUGCCUGCACCAAAGAAUGUUAAAGAACUUGAAGCCUUCAUAGGUAAAGUUAAUUAUUAUGGCCAAUUCAUUUCAAAUUUUUCAGAUAAAUGUAAAUCAUUGAAUCAUUUACGUAAACAAAAUACUCGUUGGGAAUGGAGCCAAGAAUAUCAGAAAUCAUUUGAACGUCUUUUACAAGACAUAUCCAAUACUACUACCCUCGUACAUUUCGAUGCUCAUUUACCACUUAUAUUAGAAACUGAUGCUUCACAUUAUGGUAUUGGAGCAGUACUUUUACAUCGUUAUCCUGAUGGUUCAGAACGACCAAUAUCACACGCUUCUAAAACCUUAACUACAGCCGAACGAAAUUAUAGUCAAAUCGAAAAAGAAGCAUUUUCAAUUAUUUUUGGUAUUAAAAAAUUUCAUCAAUAUUUAGCUGGUCGAUCAUUUGAACUUAAUACUGAUCAUAAACCUUUAUUGGCUAUUUUCAAUCCAUCUAAAGGUAUUCCAGUUACAGCAGCUAAUAAGAUACAACGAUGGGCAUUAUAUCUCAUGGGAUAUAAUUAUAAUAUUCGUUUUAAACCAACAAGAUCACAUGCCAAUGCAGAUGCAUUAUCCAGAUUACCAAUACCUGAUGAUAAUUCAUUUAUUGACAAUGAUUCUCUUCAAGUUAAUUUAAUUCAAACACAACUUAUUGAUCAAUGGCCAUUGAAACCGAAUGAAAUAGCAUUAGCAACUGCCAAGAAUGAUAUACUUAAUCGGGUAAAAAACUUUGUCCUCACUAGAUGGCCUUUAUCAUUUUCUAGAUCCCAAAAUCGUGAAUUAAUUCCAUAUUUCAAUAAUCGUGAUUCAUUAUCAGUAGUUAAUGAUUGCAUUUUAAAAGAUACUCGAGUGAUUAUUCCACAACAAUUACAUCAUCGAGUAGUUCAUAUGUUACAUCGUGGUCAUCUUGGUAUAAUCAAAAUGAAACACUUGGCCAGAACACAUUGUUGGUGGCCUAAUAUGGAUAAAGAUAUAAUUGAUAUGAUAAAAUCUUGUCAUAUAUGUGAUAAAUUACAACCAUUACCAAAACCACAAUUUAAAUCAUGGGAUGAACCACGUCAAGUAUGGUCUCGUUUACAUAUGGAUUUUGCUGGGCCAUUCUGGAAUUCAAAAUGGUUGCUAAUAGUCGAUGCCAAAUCAAAAUUUCCAAUAGUUAUUGAUAUGGGAAAUGAUACAACAUCAAAACAUCUUUGUGAUGUUCUUGAGCAUGUUAUUGAUUGGUUUGGUCCUCCUGAAAAAUUAGCUAUAGACAAUGGCCCUCCAUUCAACAGUUAUGAAAUGAAAAACUUUUAUGAUAUAUAUGCAAUUACACAUAUUACAACAGCUCCUUAUCAUCCCGCUAGUAAUGGAUUAGCAGAACGGUUUGUCCGUUCUUUUAAAGAAGGAAUGUUAAAACAACAGCAAACAGAUCAAACGAAUAAAGUUAUUGCAUUAAGAAAUGUAUUAAGAAGCUAUCGAUGGCCUCUACACACUUCAACUGGUGUUCCUCCUGCACACAUGAUGUUUAAUUCUCCAAUUAGAACUCAAUUAGAGAGGAUGAAACCUGCUGAACCAGUUAAACAACAACAGCAACCAAAGUAUGCUGUCGGAAAAUUAGUUUGGACAUUACAACAUCAACUAAAUCAUCGAUCGCAAUGGCAACAAGCUAUAAUCACUAGGAAUAUUAGUUCGAUGGUAUAUGAAAUUCAAUUAUCUGAUGGUCAACAUCAAAAACGUCAUCAAAAUCAGAUUCAUCUUCGUCAUUCUUCAAAUAAUUCAUCCAAUGAAGUUGAUAGUCUACCCGAUGAAUUAUCACAUGCUAAAACAAAAUCGAAUCCUCUUGAAAUUUCGCCACCAUCGUCGCCACGUUUUCCUCAUCGACAUCGUCGUCCACCUGAUCGUUAUGCUCCUUCGUAA